AUGGAGGGCGCGCUGGAGCGCCUGCCUGACGAGAUCAUCCAGCUCAUCCUGCGCCAUGUCCCUGCCCAGGACGUCCUCUCGGCUGUCGCCCUGACCUCGCGCCGCCUUCACACUGUCUCCCAAGAGCCCCUCCUGUGGAAGUACUUCUGCGUCCACAACUUCAAGUACUGGCAGGCCGAGCACUACAUACAGCGCAAGCUCGUCGCCCAGGUCCACGACGUCGACUGGAAGCGCCUCUUCAUCCAGCGGCUGCAGCGCAACAUCCACAUCGCCUACCUCAUCGACGGCAUCGUCGCCUCCCGUGUCCGCCGCCUCCAGAAGUCAGAGGCCAUCUGCCUGUAUGGCUACGACGCCAAGGACUACCUCCUCUCACAGUGUAAAGUCGCCGACUCUGCCGACGACGUCCUAGCUCGUCGCUUUUACUCGUGCACAGUGCUUGACAGCAUACAUAGGAGCCUGGCCAUAGAGGAGUGGGCAAAAUAUCAGGAUCACGCAGCGUCCACCAUCCUCCACGAUGUCCCGGACAGCGCGAGAUGGACUGCCGGGAUGCAGCUUGAGCGCGCCCUGGGUGCUUUCGACAUGUUCAUGCUACAUGAUGACGAGGGCGACAUGGACGAGAUAUCCGCCCUGAUCGACUCUAUAGCUCAGCAGAUCCGGAAUGACUUGCCCGGCAUCAGUAAGCUGGCGACCAGAGCACGAGCAGUCGCGUUAGUCGGGUGGUUGUACCGAAACAAUAUGACUGGUCUUGACGACUCGGAAAGAACCUAUCGGUAUCUGCGAAAUUGUCUCAUUGGCAGGGCGCUACGCGACGACAGACAUCCUUCUCUGCCUAUCAUCUCGGCCGCCAUCUAUGCUUGUAUCGCCUCGCGCUUCGAUGUGGAGGCAUACGUUUGCUCCUUGCCGAGCGAGGUCCAUGUGGUUGUGCUGGCACCGCCCGGUGUAAAUCUGGACGGAAUCACAAUGCCUGGCAAUACCACCACGCCACGUGACAAGAUGUACCUCAACCCUUUCAAAAGCGACGACGAAGUCCCACUAGACCAUAUAUUGGAGUUUCUCGCGCGGUUCGGGAGUAAUGCUGCGCAAGAAAGCCUUCUUGGCCCCACAGCCACCGACCUCGUGGUCAUGCGUGUGGCUCAGAGCAUCCGAGCGUCCUUCACCAGCUUCCGCACAAUCGAGCUCCCGCUACCACAGCUCAUCCCGUAUAUAGAGCUCAACCGUGGAGACUGGGCACGGAACCUCCAGCCGGCAUUGUACAGCAUGAUCUGGGCCAGCAUCAUGAUGGUGCCUGUCCUUCCAGAAAAUGAGGACGUGCGGUGGGAUUGGCAACAAGACGUCAGAGACCUGCUCACAUACUUUUACGAAUACUUCCCCGAGGACUCAUGGCUCAUCGAGAAGUACGUGUGUCCAAUGUACGACACUUUUGCCGCGCCCACACGCCGCCAGCAGCACUGGGAACUGCCGUCCAAGCGCGUGCGCGAUCAGAUCAGGGAGAUCAAGGAGGUGGACGCUUCCAUCAAGACACCGCGGCGGCGUCGCGACCUCGACCCAUCAUAUCGCGUGCGCUUCCGCGUGGGGCAGGUCUUCAAGCACAGGCGAUACGACUACCACGGACUGAUCAUUGGCUGGUCAGUAGAGGGUUCAUACAGGCCGCAGCAGGCAUGGCAGGGGAGUGGGCCAAGCGAGACGACCUUCCAGCCCUUCUACCGCUGCAUGGUCGGCACCGACGGUUCAGACCACCACGUGAUCGCGGAGGACAACAUUGAGGCCGUCGACCUGCGCGGCUGCGGGCCCGAGCGACUGCCCUGCGAGAUCCGCGACCUGAUGCCGAUGGCCGGCAAGUUCUUCAAGCGCUGGGACAGCGAGGCUGGCGUUUUCGUGUCGAACCUGCGGGAAGUGUUUCCCGAGGACUGA